AGGGUUAGGGCUCAUGUCGAAGAACACGGCGAUGCUGGUGAGCCCCGGGACGCCUGCAGGUGCGGCGGGAGCUCCUCAAGCCGCGCGGACAGUGUUGAUCACUGGCGUGACGAGAGGACUCGGGCGAGCUCUGGCGCUGGAGAUUGCUUCCAGGGGUCACACGAUUAUAGGGUGUGGGCGUGACGAGGAGAAGCUCACCUCUUUGCAGAAUCAACUGGGCGAUAGCAAGCACAUUCUUAGAGCUGUGGACGUUGCUUCAGAUAGCAACGUCCAGGAGUUUGCUAGAGCUGUGAUCGAGCUGAAAGGAGCUCCCGAUAUUCUUGUUAAUAAUGCAGGUGUGAUCAACAGCAAUGGGAAACUGUGGGAGGUUGCCAGGGAAGAAUUUGACAACGUCAUCGAUGUCAAUAUCAAAGGUCCUGCGAAUUGCCUCCGCCAUUUCGUGCCUCACAUGAUGUCCAAGAAGCAAGGAGUGAUUGUAAACUUCUCAUCUGGAUGGGGUCGAUCAGCAGCUGCCGAGGUAUCUCCAUACUGUGCAUCCAAGUGGGCGAUGGAAGGACUUACUCGCUCGCUGGCUAAAGAGCUACCUCCUGGAAUAGCAGCUGUGGCUCUUAAUCCAGGAGUGAUCUGCACAGACAUGCUAACGACAUGUUUUGGAACUUCGGCAGCGAUGUACCAGACCCCGGAAACAUGGGCUCCCGCUGCUGCGACGCUUAUACUCGCAUUGACAGCAGCGGACAACGGAUCAUCUCUCAACGUGACAUGAAACCGAGCGUUCUUGAGUAUAUGAUUUUUUUUGUUCUUCCUUUUUACGUCCGAUACAUGGAGCUUUAGUUCCUGAUACUUUUGAUGUUUUAUAGAGGUUUUCUCUUUGCAUGGUCUCUACGCUGCGCUGCAAGGAGUGUGUUUGAGAGCACCAUUGCAAUGGUGAUCGGGCCGACUCCGCCAGGAACCGGCGUGAUCGCGGUCGCUACUUUCUCAGCCUCCUCGUAACAAACGUCUCCUACGAAUCGGAAUCCUUCUUCCGAGCUAGGAUCCUGGAGAUAAAAAGUCAAGCUCUACAAGCCAACAACCAGGAUAUCAGCAGUCCGAGCAAUCUCUGCUGGUUUUGGCGUGUGCUUAUCCACGAUUGUGACAGUGGCAUUGUGUCUCUGGAGGAGUAGCGCCGUGGGAAGGCCGACGACGUUGCUACAACCAAUGACCACCACUUUCCUCCUCUCGACUUGGAACUUGUAUCGAGUAAGAAGCUCCAGGCAAGCUCGCGAGGUGCAUGGCACGAAACUUGGCUGGAAAUCAUCGAGAGCCAGCUUAGCCAAGUUGAGGGGAUGGAGGCCAUCCACAUCUUUCUCGAGACUUAUCUCUUGGAGCACGGUUUCCGGCCGGAUCUUCUGAAACAGUGAGGCAAGUAACGAUGAAGAGGCAAGUCGUGGGUGAUUUCUUACCUUUGGCAGUGGGAGCUGGACGACGAUGCCAUGAACGCUCUCGUCUCCAUUGAACGUUCGAAGCGCCUGUAUGAUCGCCUGGAGCGUCGCUGUUUCGGGCAGCUGCGAAGCGAAGGAUUUGAUUCCAACUUCUGUGCACGCUGUUCGUAAGUUAUGAAUGUAAGCUUGCGAUUGAGGGC